CAUCCAGUGACUUCCAGAGACCUGGUUGCAUCAUCACACAGGAAACAGGAAGUGGGGGCUCGAGCUCGCGGCUCGUCAUCGCGCUGCUGAAGCUGAACUCAUCAGGAAGUCGACGUCUGAACAUGAACACGCGGAAACUGAGUUUCAAAUGGUUUGGGAGCCUCUCCAAUCUGUCCGCCCGCCGCCCGUCACAGAGGAAUGACAUCUCGGCCGCCCCAGUGCAUGAUGGGAGCCUCGGCGGAGCCAAUCAAUCGGUGGACGACAUGGAGGCCCGCCUCCGCAGCCCCGGCUACGCCUGCUCCAGCCAGAUGUACACACAUGUGGGCACGGUGCCACGCAGCCAGUCACAGAAGAAAAAGAGCUGCAGGGCGCUGAAGAAGAAGAAGAAAGAGGAGGAGGAGGAGGGGGGGGAGGAGGGGGAGGGGGAGGGGCAGAGGAAGGCGGGAGAGCAUGUCCGAGACUCCCCUCUGCUCAGUGCACUGUGCAGCCUCAGUGGGACCGGUCUGGACCGGACUCUGCCUGGUCCCUCACCGGCCCGGCCGCUGCCCUCCACCCCCUCACCCGUCCGUGCUUCACCUUUGACCUCGGCGCACGGAAGCCGCUUCGCUGUCCGUUCAGCCGACCCCUUCAGGAGCCCUUUAGGAAGGGACCCGUCGGACAUGACCACCAACGGCCUCACGGCGGCUUCACCGCAGGACGUCUACGUGCCCAUGGACCCGAUAGCCGAAGCCGCUCGCAGCCAAACACAGGAAGCAACAACGGCUGAGAGCGCCUCGCAGGAAGUGGAGCGCGUCUACAGUCAGCAGGACGCGACAGACGGCAGGGGAGAAUAUGUGAAGUUCUCCAAAGAAAAGUUCUGGUUGGAGCCGCCGUCGGACAAACUGAGGAAGCAGCUGGAGGAGGAGCUGAAGCUGAGUGGCAGCAACCUGAAGAGCCACGCCUGGUACCACGGACCGGUCCCCUGGGAGGUGUCCGAGAGCCUGGUGGUGAACCACGGAGACUUCCUGGUCCGAGACUCUCGGUCCAGUCGGGGCGACUUUGUCCUCACGGGCCGCUGGGAGCAGGAGGCGCUCCACUUCGUCAUCAGGAGGACGGCGGCCCCUCGGGUCCAGUACCGCCUGGAGGGCGAGGCCUUCGACUCCCUGCCGGCUCUCGUCCACUUCUACGCGGGGAGUCGGGCGGCUCUGACCCGGUGGACCGGCGCUCAGAUCCACCGACCCGUGAACAGGACGCUGCCUCUCGGCCACCUGGAGGACGGGAGCGGCGAGGAGAAGGUCUGUCCGAGGAGUCCUUCCUCUCUCCACAGGGGGGCAGAGAUCGACAGGGAGCAGGACCACCGGCCUCCACUGACUGCUGGAGAACCCUCCCUUUCUCCUCUGAACAACAACACCUCGGCGUGCCGGAGCCCCGGCAGCAGCGUGGCUCCGCCCCCGUCCCUCUCCGGGCGCCCGGGGACCGGCUCUCCUCAUCUGGACCGGGGCUCCCCGUCCUCUGAGGAUCAGGGAAGCUGCUACACGGAGCUGUACCCGGGCCCCCGGAGCUACGUGGAGAGGCUGCGGGCGGAGGACGGCUCGGCGGGCAUCGAUCCGCCGAGGGCGGAGGACGGGAACGUGUACUCGGCGCCGGUGGUGGAGACGGUCUCUUCCUUCAAACCCGGCGGGUACCGGUCGCGGCUGAUGCCCGGGGAGAAUAAACCUCUGGAGGUCGGCGUCCUGCGGCGGGUGAAGGAGCUGCUGGCCGAGGUCGACCCGAGGACGGCGGCCAAACACAUCACCAAGGCCGACUGCAUGGUGGCCCGAAUUCUGGAGGUGACUCCGGAGGAGCAAAGGAUGAUGGGAGUUAGUUCUGGGAUGGAGUUGCUCACGUUGCCACAUGGCCAACAGUUGAGACUGGACCUGCUGGAGAGGUUCCACACCAUGGCCACCACGUUGGCCGUGCACCUGCUGGGCUGCACCGGGACGACCGAGGAGCGCGCCGGCCUGCUGCACAAGAUCAUCCAGAUCGCCGCCGAGCUCAAGAGCACCACGGGGAACAUGUUCGGCUUCACCGCCGUCAUGAGGGCGCUGGAGCUGCCCCAGGUGUCCCGUCUGGAGCACACCUGGACGGCGUUACGGCAGCGACACACAGAGGGCGCCGUUCUCUACGAGAAGACCCUGAGGCCGUUCAUGAAGAGCCUGAACGACGGCAGAGAGAGCUGUCCGCUGUCCAACACCAGCUUCCCCCACGUCACGCCCCUCCUGGCCCUGCUGGAGAAGAGCGUGGCGGUGGGCGAGGGGGCGGAGCCUUGGGAGGCGGCGGAGGUCGGGGUGGACGUGGUCAUGUUCCACCUGGGGGCGGCGAGGACCAUCGCUCAGCUGGGGGGCAUCUACCGCUCCAACGCCGAGAGCAAACUGCAAGGUUUCAAGGAGCAGCCGGAGGUCCUGGAGCUCUUCCUGACCGACUUCCAGAUGCGGCUGCUGUGGGGGAGCCGGGGCGCCGAGGAGAGCCAGGCGCUGCGGUACGCCAAGUUUGACCAGGUGCUGACCGCCUUGUCCGCCCGGCUGGAGCCGCCCGGCAGGCGGCGCGGCCCGCGGCCCUCAUCUUGAUCCACGCGGUCCUUCACUUCCUCCGCCAGAAGCCACAUUCCUCACUGAGGACUUUAACCACGAUGAAGACGUCCGUGGAACUAUUCAGGAUUCUGUUGCUUUUGUUCUGCGGCGAAAACAAAACAGGAAGUGGUUGAUUUUGUUUUGGUGAAAUGAGGCCGAGCCUCGGGCGUGUUAUGAAUGUGUCUCUGGAGGCUGGACCUUCCUCUCUUCAUAUUCAAUAACCAAUAACAGAAUGACGUUGUGUGUGCAAUGUGCGUCAUCACGACUUUAAUAUAUAUUAAUAUUUAACGUAACGAUGAGGUCACUGAUGCCGUAAUCAGUGCUGAGGUCAGUUCAGGGCUUUUCUUCCUGUUUCCUUCAAAAUAAAACCUGUGCGGUUCCUCACACGUUCUCUCAUUACAUCGUUGUGUUGGAACCGACUCAACCGCACGAGAACGGAGCUUUUCUUUAACAAUGCGACACAUUGUAUUAACGUCUAAUAUUUAUCUGAAAUGUAAAUAAACAUGUUUACCUCAC